ACAUUUGAAAACAACGAUUGGCAACACACGCUCUCAUUGACAGUGACUUAAGAGAUUGAUUACGUUUUCCUGACGUGAGCUUUAGACUGUUGUGCUAACAAAAAAACAUCAUCAGGUCCGAAAAUACAUUUGUCGCUAUAAUGUCAUUACCGUGAAUCGACACGAUAACAUUUCGAUCGGACUGAUGGUCUAUAAACUGACUAUAUUUCAGUAUUUUUUGCAAGCCAACUGUAGAGACUAUUGUUUGAGCGCUACCAAGGGGAUUUUUGCACUGAGGCCUUCCAAGCAAGCCCACGGUCCGGAAAGGCUAGCUAGCUACAAUCCAAUUUGCCUCUGCGAAUUUAUGAGUAUCGUUAGCUAGCUUUUUGCUUGUAUGUUUUAAAUAAGAUGGAAACAGACAAGUUUAACUAUGUCUACAGUUGUGACUUGGACAUUAAUGUUCAACUGAAAAUAGGCAGCUUGGAGGGCAAGCGAGAGCAGAAGAGCUACAAGGCCCUGCUGCAGGAUCCCAUGCUGCGGUUCUCUGGCCUCUACCAGGAGAACUGCUCUGACCUCUAUGUUACCUGUCAGGUGUUUGCAGAGGGCAAGCCUCUGGCGCUGCCCGUACGCACCUCCUACAAGGCCUUCAGUACCCGCUGGAACUGGAAUGAGUGGCUGAAGCUGCCAGUGAAGUACCCAGACCUGCCCCAGAGUGCCCAGGUGGCCCUGACGGUGUGGGAUGUGUACGGACCGGGCCGAGCCACCCCUGUGGGGGGAACCACCGUCACCCUCUUCGGCAAAUAUGGGAUGUUCCGGCAGGGCAUGCAUGAUCUGAAGGUAUGGCCGGGGGUGGAGGGGGAUGGAGGGGAGCCCACCAGCACCCCAGGGAGGACCAGUAGCAGUCUGGCAGAGGACCAGAUGGGGCGACUGGCCAAGGCCCCUGACCUGGAGUUUCUCAGUGAUCUGACCAAGGCCCACCGGCAGGGUCACAUGGUGAAGGUAGACUGGUUGGACCGCCUGACCUUCAGAGAGAUAGAGAUGAUCAACGAGAGUGAGAAGCGUAGCUCCAACUUCAUGUAUCUUAUGGUGGAGUUUCCUCGUGUCAAAACUGGAGAAAAGCCAGAGUACAGUAUUGUCUAUUAUGAGAAGGAUGGAGAUGACGCCUCACCGGUGCUCACCAGCGCUGACAUCGUUAAAGUCCCUGACCCUCAGAUGUGCAUGGAGAACCUUGUGGAGAGCAAGCACCAUAAACUGGCCCGUAGCCUUCGGAGUGGCCCGUCAGACCACGACCUGAAGCCUAACGCUGCCACACGAGACCAGCUCAACGUCAUAGUGAACUACCCUCCGACCAAGCAGCUGAGCUCAGAGGAACAGGACCUGGUGUGGAAGUUCCGUUACUACCUCACCACUCAGGAGAAGGCACUGACUAAGUUCCUGAAGUGUGUGAACUGGGCGCUGCCCGGGGAGGCUAAGCAGGCCCUGGAGCUGCUGGGGAAGUGGAGGCCCAUGGACGUAGAGGACUCCCUAGAGCUGCUCUCCUCCCAGUUCACCAACCCCACCGUAAGACGCUACGCUGUGACCAGGCUGCAGCAGGCCGACGACGAGGACCUGCUGAUGUACCUUCUCCAGCUGGUCCAGGCUCUGAAGUACGAGAACUUCAAUGACAUCCAGGGUGGGCUGGAGCCAGGAGGCAAGCGGGACAGCCAGGGCCUGGGAGAGAGCUCCACCCUGGGGGACCUGGACAGUUCCCAGAUCUUGACUGCUCCAGCAGUGCCCUCACCUGUCCCGAAUGGAAAGGAAGGGGUGGACAGCGAGAAUCCAGAGCAGGACCUGUGUACCUUCCUCAUCUCCCGUGCUUGUAAGAACUCAACACUGGCCAACUACCUGUACUGGUAUGUAAUAGUGGAGUGUGAGGACCAGGACACCCAGCAGAGAGACCUGAAGACCCACAAGAUGUACCUCAACGUCAUCGGGAGGUUUAGCCAAGCACUGCUCAAGGGUGAUAAGAGUGUGAGGGUGAUGCGGUCGCUCCUGGCGUCCCAGCAGACGUUUGUGGACAGACUGGUACAGCUGAUGAAGGCCGUGCAGAGAGAGAGCGGCAACCGCAAGAAGAAGACGGAGCGACUGCAGGCUCUGCUGGCGGACAAUGAGAAGGUGAACCUGUGUGAGAUUGACCCCAUCCCGCUACCUCUGGAACCAUCGGUCAGAAUCAGAGGCAUCGUACCAGACACCGCCACGCUAUUCAAGAGCGCUCUGAUGCCAGCCAAGCUGAUCUUCAAGGCGGAGGAUGGGGCGAUGUACCCUGUCAUCUUUAAACAUGGAGACGACCUGAGACAAGACCAGCUCAUCCUACAGAUCAUCUCUCUCAUGGACAAGUUGCUCAGGAAAGAGAACCUGGACCUGAAGUUGACACCUUACAAAGUGCUGGCCACAAGCACCAAGCAUGGGUUCAUGCAGUUUGUCCAGUCAGUGCCUGUGGCUGAGGUCCUGGCCACUGAAGGAAACAUCCAGAGUUUCUUCAGAAAACACGCCCCCAGUGAAAAGGGGCCCUAUGGCAUCAGCCCUGAGGUGAUGGACACCUACGUCAAGAGCUGUGCUGGUUACUGUGUCAUCACAUACAUCCUGGGUGUGGGAGACAGACACUUGGACAACCUGCUCCUCACAAAGACUGGAAAGUUGUUCCACAUAGACUUUGGCUACAUCCUGGGUCGUGACCCCAAGCCGCUGCCUCCGCCCAUGAAGUUGAGUAAGGAGAUGGUGGAGGGGAUGGGUGGCAUGCAGAGUGAACAGUACCAGGAGUUCAGGAAACAGUGUUACACUGCCUUCCUACACCUCAGGAGGUACUCUAACCUCAUCCUAAAUCUGUUCUCUCUCAUGGUGGACGCCAACAUUCCCGACAUCGCCCUGGAGCCUGACAAGACUGUUAAGAAGGUGCAGGACAAGUUCCGAUUGGACCUGUCGGACGAGGAGGCGGUGCAUUACAUGCAGAGUCUGAUUGAUGAGAGCGUGGGAGCUCUGUUUGCUGCCGUGGUGGAGCAGAUACACAAGUUUGCCCAGUACUGGCGCAGAUGAGAAGGACAGAACUGUCUGAGACGUGACGGAUGGACAGACAGGAGGGGUUGUAUCCAUAGUAACACCCGGUCCCCCGCCCCUGUGUGUGUGAGAGAUUGAGAUGAUCCAUCCAUGAUGGGCCCCGUGUAGCUCAGUUGGUAGAGCAUGGCGCUU